GUUAAUUGGUAAACCGUCCCGCACAAGAAGUGGUGUGUGUGGUUCCCUUAACAAGCAACGGCGAUGAAGAGACCUCGACCCCCAUCUCCACCGUCGAUCUCCGCCGCCGCAAAACCACCACUUUCUCCUCCCCCUACUCCGAUUCUCAAACAGAAGCUACAAAGAACAGGAGCACCAAAAUGGCUCCCGUUAAAACUCACCCAAACGGAGCUCACGCUGCCGUUAACAUUCCCGACGGGUCAAACAUUCCGGUGGAAACAAACCGGACCGGUUCAGUACAGCGGAUCGAUCGGUCCUCACCUCGUCUCUCUCCGCCAGCGUGCAGGAGACGACGACACGAUUUCCUACUGCCUCCACCGCAGCGCAAGCCCUAAAGCCGCAGAGCUCGCGCUGCUCGAUUUCCUCAACGCCGAGAUCUCGCUAGCCGAGCUGUGGUCCGAUUUCGAGAUAAAGGAUCCUGGAUUCGGAGAGGUGGCGAAGCAUCUCCGCGGGGCGCGUGUGCUGAGGCAGGAUCCGUUGGAGUGUUUGAUUCAGUUUCUGUGCUCGUCGAACAACAACAUCGCGAGGAUUACGAAGAUGGUGGAUUUCGUCUCGUCUUUGGGGUUGUAUCUGGGUGAGGUUGAGGGGUUUGAGUUUCAUCAGUUCCCGUCGUUGGAAAGGUUGUCUAGGGUUUCUGAGGAUGAGCUUAGGAAGGCUGGUUUUGGAUACAGAGCGAAGUACAUAACGGGUACAGUGAGUGCUUUGCAGUCGAAGCCAGGUGGUGGCGAUGAAUGGCUUCUGUCUCUACGCAAACUGGAUCUCCAAGAUGCGAUUGCUGCUCUGUGUACAUUGCCUGGGGUUGGUCCGAAGGUAGCAGCUUGCAUAGCUCUGUUUUCCCUUGAUCAGCAUAGUGCCAUUCCCGUUGAUACGCAUGUCUGGCAGAUCGCAACAAGGUACCUUGUGCCAGACCUUGCUGGUGCCAAACUGACGCUUAAACUCUGCAGCCGAGUGGCAGAAGCAUUUGUGUCUAAAUAUGGGGAAUAUGCUGGUUGGGCUCAGACAUUGCUCUUCAUUGCUGAGUUACCCGCACAGAAAGCUCUCUUGCAGUCCUCACAGUCUAUCCAACUGGUUAAAUCUUCGGAAAAGAAAAAGUAAUGAAGCCUCCAUAGAGAGCAUUGUUUCCCUUGACCAGUUUCUCUUAGGGCAUUCAAACCUUGAUUUUUAGUACUUGUUAACUUUUCAUUCAUACUUUCUGAUUGUUUGUAUUGUAAUGGCAAAUCUGUGUCACGUAUCUCGAUUCUACUGGUUUUGCUAAAUGAAGAUCUUAUGUAACAGACUGCAUAGCUAAUUAUAUCUCGCAUUUUUCUA